CAGAUCUUGGGAGUGACGUGCGACAAUGCGUCGAACAACGACGUCAUGGUCGACCACCUCAACGUGCUCCUGGAGGCCUUCGGAGGAAGCUUUGCGCGAACGCGCUGCUUCCUCCAUAUCUUGAAUCUCACGGCGAAGAGCUUGUUGAAGCAAUUCGAC